AAUAUAAAAAAAAUAUAGUUGCUACUCGCUACUGGCUGUCAGUUGACUGGAACUACAGUGACCUGAACGCCGGCCGUGCGAUUGUCGUCCGCUGGCAAAAAACGAUUUAUAAUUCAAAUAUAAGUUUAUCGUUAAGACUUGCGAGGGUUUGAUCCGAUCCAAGUCUCUGUUUACUUGGAUUUUUCACUCGAAUCCUCCAAUGACGACUUGUCAACAGCUCCGCGGACGACGGUCGCGUGACAUCUCCCGUUUUCCUACAUGGUGAUGAUUAUCCAGAAUCAGUAAUCAUUAAAACAUGAGACAGCAGGGAUGGCUGCGCAUUUUGGCGUUUUUAGCAUUUUCGUGGGUAGCGUUUCUUUUGGUGACAGUCAAGCUUGUUAGACAACAAGAUACAUCCGAUACAGAUUCAUCUCAAAGACUGGCCAGAGCUCUUCGAGAACUUGAUAAGUUGCAUAAAAGCAAUGCUGAGCUCAAUGCUUUAGUAUUGGACUUGAAUUACAAUCCUAGAAUAGAUAAUAAGAAAAUUCUUUUGUCAUAUUUCCAAAAUUCCAAAGGUGGACUAAAUGGUCCAUCUGAAGAAUAUGAACUUUCACGUCGCCGUAUAUUUUCAAAUACUAAAGAACUUUGGUAUUAUGUCAACUCUGAAUUACAAUCAUUAGUCAAAGAAGGUGAUGGUGUCAAAGUAGAACACAUUUCAAAAAUAAAAGAUAUUGUUGGUGAACACUAUAGAUCUUUAUUAAAAGAUGUAACAAGUUUGGCUGAUGUCGAUGGUCAUGCCUUAUGGAGACAACAGGAAUCUGAAAAUUUAAGCAAUUUAGUUCAAAAAAGAUUAAAACAUUUACAAAACCCUUCAGAUUGUGCCAAAGCAAGAAAACUUGUAUGUGACUUAAAUAAGGGCUGUGGAUAUGGUUGUCAACUGCAUCAUGUCGUUUAUUGUUUUAUUGUUGCUUAUGCGACAGAAAGAACAUUAAUUUUGAGAUCUAAAGGUUGGAGGUAUUCCAAAGGAGGAUGGCAAGAUGUAUUUUUACCAUUAAGUGAUACGUGUCUUUUACCAAAUGGAGAAACAACUAAUCGGUGGCCAGGUCAUCGAAAUACUCAAGUUAUCACUCUACCUAUAAUUGAUUCAAUCAACCCAAGACCUCCAUUCCUUCCACUUGCAUUACCUGAAGACUUAGCCCCAAGAUUAAAUGUAUUACAUGGAGAUCCUGUAGUUUGGUGGAUAGGCCAAUUUCUUAAGUAUAUGCUCCGACCACAACCAGCUACUAGUAAUAAACUAGAUGAAUAUGCCAAAAAAGUUAAAUUCCAAAAACCAAUUGUUGGAGUUCACAUUAGAAGAACCGACAAAGUUGGUACUGAAGCUGCAUUCCAUAAACUAGAUGAGUAUAUGGUCCACGUCGAACAGUAUUACAAAUAUAAAGAACUAACUGAUAAAAUCGACAAAAAAAGAGUUUAUUUAGCUACAGAUGAACCAAAAUUAUUUUCUGAAGCUAAACGCAAGUAUCCAGAGUAUGAAAUAGUUGGUGAUGAAGACAUUUCUAAAACUGCAUCAAUCAGUAAACGCUAUUCUGAUCAAUCACUAAGUGGUAUCAUAACUGACAUACAUUUUUUGUCUCUUAGUGACUACUUAGUAUGUACUUUUUCAUCACAGGUAUGUCGAGUAGCCUAUGAAAUAAUGAACAGUCUUCAUCCUGAUGCAUCAACUCUGUAUACAUCUUUAGACGACAUAUAUUAUUACGGUGGUCAAAAACGCAGACUUCAUGUAGCCGUAUUACCUCAUAAAGCAAAUGGUCCUCAUGAAAUGAAUUUGCUAGUUGGCGAUGAGAUUGCUGUUGCUGGUAACCAUUGGGAUGGUUAUUCAAAAGGAACAAAUUUAAGAACAAAAGAAAGUGGUUUAUAUCCUACAUUUAAGGUGUCCCCAAAAAUUGAAACUGCACCUUUUGCGAGUUAUCCAGAUGUAACUUUAAGUACUAACGAAUUACAAGAACAAAAAAGGUAACUACAAUACUGAUAAUAUAUAGACUUAAACUAAUAGGUAACAGGUUAUGUGCCUCAUAUAGCCUAAAGCUUGGACAAUUAUAUUCUACCAGAUAAAUAACAUAUACAUAUUAUAGAAUAAUUUUAAAAUGUUAAUACAUUUUUAAUUAUUAAAUUAGGUACAAAUAAUUUUAGCGCAAUUAAGUUAAACUAAAUGUUAUUUAACUGUGUUACAGUUAAAUUAAUUUUAAUUUUUCUGUGAUCAUUUCUUGAUUUUAUAUCAAAUAUUAAUUAUUUUUUGCUCUCUACUAUAUUGACUAGUCCUUAAAUACUACUUAAAAUGGCACUUUUAUUGUUAUGCUGUCUACCAACAAAUUAUUAUGGGCAUAUGCUAUUCCCAAAAAACUAUUAGAAAAAUAGUUCAUGACAUGUUUAAUAUUUAUUUUUUAAAUUGUCAUAAAUUUUUCAAAUUCAUAUAAAAAUAAAUGUUAAUUUAUUAUAAUAGUCUAUAUCUAAAAUACCCAACCAAAGAACUAUCAAACACAUUUUUUUGUAAUAACUACUUAUCUUAUUGUUAUUGAACAUAUUCUACACUGAUGUAAUCCAAUAAUUGACUAACCUAGUUUUCUAUCAGUAUUGAUCUUAUUUGUUUUUGCGUUCCAAUAUUGAUUAUUAUUGAUUAUUGAAAUAUUUUAGAAUUCAGUGUAAAAGUCAAUAUUUAGAGACUUAUUCAAAAAAUGUUAGUUAAAGGAAUGUUUUAGUAGAUUAUGUUAAAAAUAGUUCUUUUACUUCAGGUCUGAAUGGUUACCAAUCUAUCAAAAUUGUUUAACAGAAAAAAUCAUUGUUAAUGAUUAAUUAACCAUUGUAGAUAACAUAUUGCCCUAAAUUGAUGGUAGAGUAGCAUACACUUAGUACCUACACAAUUUACCAUGACCAAUACGUUGAAAUAACUUACUACUUUUUUUCUUUUCUUUCGUUGUUAAUUUGUUUAUUUUAUUUUAUGUAUGUUAUACUUUUUUGAAGCAAAAUGUAUUACUCAAGUUUCAAAUAAAAAUAUAUUAGCAGCUUGUUUAUCUUA